AAACCUGACACAUGACACGAAAUAGGAUAAACAGCGGGCGCUUGAAUUGAAUCUGUUUCAACACCAAUCUUUGACUUGUUUUCUUUUCUUAAAAUUACUAAGACAUCUACAACUUAAAACCUUGAUCGACUGAUGAUCACAGGAAAUAUGAACACAUUCGUUAUAUAUUCAGGGUUUAUAAUGCUGUUCCUCGUGAGCGGAUCGGGAGCAUUCCUUUCGUGGAUUUUUGGAGGAAGUUCGGAGAGGAACGAGGAGCCGAUAUCGCCCGAGACCACUGGGGCAGCUGUUAGGCCCGUCCCGUUCGAAAUGAAAUCGGCGGACGAAAAGUUUUUGAUGACGGGAAGUCAACUCAUGGCUGGGCUGUCUGAGCUAGAUGUUUGUCAUCACACUGUGAUUUAUGAACUGAAAGGUUCUUGUAAUGAGAUGUCAGAGGAGGAGCUUGCUAAGCUUGGGGUGCAGCUACUCAACUGUCAAUCUGCAGCAGAGGGACGUCCUACCUAUAAAUGCACAAAGGAGAUGACAGUUGCUGAGUGCACUAAGAGUAUGGACCCUAACACAUGGAAUGCCUAUCACAUCGUGAGCAACAGAGCAAGGUCUGUCUGCUAUUCUGUGAGGCAGCAACAGUUUCAGAGACAGACUCGGUUAGCUGUGAAUCAGUUAGCAAUGAGUGCUGAGGGACAGCUACAUCUUAUGCAAGACCUCAAGACUGGUCAAGAGGACCUGAAUGCCAUGGCAACGGAUACCUUCCACACCAUCUCUGAGGGUCAAGAGAAGCUGGUCAAGACCCAGGAGGUGAUUGGUAACUCACAGUCCAGACUGCGUUUGUCCGUUGAGAGUAACAUGCGGGACCUUACAAGAGAAAAGGCUCUAAUUGCAGCGGGGCAUCAAGAACUAGCUGCUAUGACUAAUAACAUCAAGAAGCAAUUAGAUGAAGCCACUCAUCAGUUACUAGAACAGGACAUCCACCAAGCCAAUAAACACCAGGAAGUCUUAGAAGAUCUAUCCAGUCUUAGUCUCCUAGCCAAGGAUGUUUGGAACAAACUUGAUCAUAACAUGGAGUACAUGCACAUCUAUCAGGAGGAGACGGCUCAUCAUUACCAGCAGACAAUGGACAACCUGCAGAAGAUGAAUAAUACCAUUCAGUAUCUACUACAUGUGAUGGAAGAGAUGCAGGAUGAGAUUAACCAACAACUAGGUUGGGUUACAACACUUCUAACUUGGACAGGUGAGAACAUGUCCCUGCUUGUCACCUGUGUCCUACACACAUGUUAUUUCUUCUUUGCUGCUGUACUGUGCUCCUUUCUCAACACACCAACCUUCUCACGCUUUGUGCUCCUGCUGGUCGUACCACUCAAUGCUGCAGCUGAGAUCAGGCAGGGUACCAGUCUAGAUUUUCCAUCUCUCUCCUUUUUCAUUACAUCAGUUGUUGCAGCCAAUUGGUUCGCGCUAUGGCUCUCUGCAUGGAAACAUAGAGGGCUUGCUCCGUUGAGCCCUCGUACUCUAUACCUACCGGAUAUAUCACGCAUCAAUGGAUCCCCAACACGAGAUUUGACGUAUGAACCCCAUAGCUUCAGCGACUCUGAUUCUGGUUUAUCAAGCAACAAGAGGCUUCAUUCAACAGGAUAUGCAAGUAUUCUGACAGCCGAAUCCUCUAGAGAUAUCACAAGCCUACUGGGAAGCACAAGGCAUCAAUCCACUUCCGAUUACACUGCUGAUGGAUUAGACAAUGAUGAAGAUGAUGAUUUGGAUGCGUUCAGCAGUGACCAGGAAGAAGAUACGAUCAACCAAACAACAAACAGGACAUUGACUGUAACCAAUAUCAGUGUGACUACCGACACAACCCCAGAGCCAACCCCCAUGCCUAAUGAAAUGUCUUCAUCUGGAAACCCGAAGGACUUUGGUACGCUGACCAGCAGUGCAGCCAAGAGGCACCUCGGAAAGGCUCUAGAACAGGUGAAGGCAGCUACCCCAGGACUGCAGUCAAGGAAGCGUAAGGAGGGCACCCCUUCAAGCUCACGAUCAUUGUCGCCAAACCGUCGUGCUUGCAAGGCAUUUACCAAGGCAGGGAUCGGUUGUCGGCUGCCAUGCGUUGGCCAAGAAAACUACUGCCAUAGACAUCUAGUAUCUCAUGGCAGUGCUGCCAACACACCAGUUAAGACACAGUGAGAGGACCAUCUCAUUUCAAGGUUUUCCAACAAUAGAGGCUUGUUAGAUUAUUGUGUGAUAAUAGCUUAGCAAUGCUUUAUUACAAUGUAAACAUAUCGCUGAUGUGGUUUACGGUACACCAUGUGGAGUAUUAUAGAAACAGUGGAUAGAAGAAGAAAAGAAAUGGAUAGGCGAGAAAGUGGAAAUUUGAGAGUAGAGUAAUCUUUCUUGAAUGUAGUCCUGAAAAGGACUGUAAACCAGAAGAGAUUGAUGAGUUGCCAACAGCUUGAGUAGUAGGAUGAAUGAGGAGAUGAUGGCUUGAGUCGGCGAGUAGAGAUGAUGAGUAGAAGCAGUAGAGAGACUCGACGUUUCGGGCAGGUUGACUGUCCGUCUUCAGGAGUGAAGACGGACAGUCAACCUACUACUCAAGCUGUUGUCAACUCAUCAGUCUCUUCUGGUUUACAGUCCUUCAGGACUACAUUCAAGAAAGAUUACUCUACUCUCAAAUUUCCACUUUCUCGCCUAUCCACUUCUUUUUCUUCUUCUAUCCACUGUUUCUAUAAUACUCCAAAUGGUGCACCGUAAACCACAUCAGCGAUUGUACAUGCCACCAUGCAAACCUUCAAACAACAUCUGAAUGUAAACAUAUAUCAAGCAAUGAAAUCAAGUGUUUGCAUGCAGUUUGGUGGGUGUUUCAUAAUGCUGUACGUAAGUAACAUUGCAAUAACAAAAGCUCUUUGGAGCUCUCUGUUGAUUUAGCUCUCUGGUGCUAAAUCAACACCAAUAAUGUUAUGGGUAUAUCAUUUACCAUAGGAAAUGACCACCAGUCAUACAUGAAACCAUUCAUAAAUUACAAACUGCUUCAUGAAAAAACACUCACCUGCCAAGAGACUGUUUUUUGCCUGGCUAUACAGAGCUACAGACCAAAGUUCUUCAAAAGUUAGUAGAAAAUGUGUUUUCUUGUCUUUGUCUAGUCAUAAUGCAUCUUUGGACACAAAUCUUUUUUUUUUUUUUUUGAAGUUGAAAUUCAUGUGAAAAUCGAUGGACAGAUUGUAAUAAGACUUGCAUAUUAUGAUUUAAAUUGCUUUCCUAGAAUGAAAUGUUUACUUUAAUUUGAUAUACCUGCUUGGCAAUUCCAUUAUGUCUGACCCCUUCUCCUAGGACAUACCUAAAAUUAUUUACUACUUCAUAUAUAAAAAAACAUGGAAUUCCCUUGCUUAUUUGAAUAGAUUAUUUUUGCCAUUCCUUUUCUCAUUUCUCUAUGACAUUAUUUACCAUUCGAAUUGUUUACUUUGCUUAAUCAUCCUGAAUUUACCUGGCUGCAUAUGAAUGUAUUAACUUCGUCUGCCAAGAUUCUAUCAUUAGAAUGAAAGUAGUACUUGCUUCCAGUCAUGAUUGUGAAUGAAUCUAUCAGUACUUGCAUGUAUUCUUCAUUUUGAAUUGAAAUCUUGGUAAUAUGAUUAAUUAUGAAUGUAUUUAUUUUCUGAAUUCAUACCUUUUAUGAAAGUACUGAAUUGGCUUAAAAUUUGUGACCAUGUUUGAACAAAUUACUUGAUUAUACUCCUUAAUUUGAGUGAGUUUACAUGGACUGCUGGUUCACUGGUAUAUAUCAAUAAAUUUGCCAAAGUCAAACGUCUCUUUUAGUUGUGACUAAUCAACUUUAUCCUACAAAUUGUGUGAGCAUUGCCGUCUUCCAUCAGCCUUGCAAAUGAUAUCAGUACUCCUGUACCUUACUAUUCAAAUGAUUAUAUGACAUGUAUUAAGAAAAGUGAUUUUAGAUUAAAGAUUAAUUAAAAAAAAGAGUGGUUCUAUCACCAUAUGAGUAAAAAAAUCAGCUUGCCACUCCAAUGAUUGUUUAUUAAUAAGUUUUGGGUGCCACUGUAUAAAGAUUACUUAUGCAUUGUGUUGAGUUUGUUGACCUUGUAGAAAAUCCUCUGUCUGUGGUAUUUCAUUAAUCGUUGAUGUCUUCUAGGAUAGUUGCUAUAUGUUAUGCAUCGGAGUUACUAGGACAAUAUGUAUCAUCAUUACUUGCUAAUGGAGAAUUGGUGUAGUAUUAUGAUCCUGAAUUGGUCCUAAGCAUUUGCUGUUCUUUUAAUGUGCAAUUAUAGGCUUGGUACAACUUUAUAAUUAAUGACAAUUCAUAUUUGGUAACAUGUGUCUGGCAUCUUAAUGUGUGUUUUUGUAUUCACCAGUAUUUCUCAUAUGGUGAAGAUGCAGGAAAAGAAAUUCAUGUGGAGAAUUUCUCUUCCAAAUUGAAAUUUAGUGGAACUCAUGCUUUCUCCACAAUGAUAUGAAGAUUCAAAUUCUAAUUCAGCUGUAUGGUGCCAGUUCUAUUACAUGUGUGUGUGUGGUGUUUCAUAGAACUGUUCAUUUAUUGAAUCUUUACCAGAACUUAAGACACAGUCAAUGUUUUUUAUGCGAGUGCAACAUCUUGUUCGCAGCAAAGUUUAUUAGGGAAAAUUGCAUUGUCUAAAGUUAAGAUUGACUUCCAAAAACCCCUCCAAAACUGUUCCAAAUUCCAAUAAACCACAGGAGCUUCAGGGAGAAAAACAACAUCAGUGAUUACGCAAUUACAGUAAGGUUUACAAUUUCUAAAUAUAUUUUUAAAAAUGGCAGGUACAUGUAUGCUUAACUUGUAUUUACCAAACUGAUUUACUCAAUUCAUUAACUAUUUCAUUCGGAUGUUUGUAAAUUUUCUCUCUUUUUGGGGGGGUCAUUUAUUCAUUCAUUUACUUUACACCUUAUUAUUUUCCAAUCACAGAAUGUCUUUAUUUCUAUUCACAAUCAAUUUACCAAUUGAAUUGUAUUUAUGUCAUAUUUGUGUUGAUGUAUUAUUUCUUAUUAUGUUUUGUUUGGAGAGUCUUCAUAAUAUGUUGGUGCUUAUUUAUAGCAAAUGAAAUAAUUAUGAUGUUAAUAUUAUAGCAUGCAGCAGAACAUUUACACAAUUUCCAUUUCAAAUUUUGCAAUGUAAUCACUGGCAAAUUUUAUUGAAAAUUGAUGAAAUAAAUAUAAUUGAUAUACUGUA